CGGCCGCAGCCCGCGGCCGCGCGCGCGCGGGUUCCGAGCACUCCGGGUCUCCGCCCCUGCCGCCGCUCCCCGGCCGCCGGGAGGCAUGAGUCCGCGGCCGCAGCCCUAGCGCCCGCUCCUCCGCCCGGGCGGCCCGGUUGCGGGGACGGGUGCGCGCUGCAGGGUUGGGGGCCAUGAAACCGAGUCCGGCCGGGACAGCGAGGGAGCUGGAGCCGCCGGCGCCGGUCCGGGGCGAGCAGCGCACGGCGGAGCCCGAGGGGCGCUGGCGGGAGAAGGGCGAGGCGGACACGGAGCGGCAGCGCACCCGCGAGCGGCAGGAGGCCACGCUGGCCGGGCUGGCGGAGCUGGAGUACCUGCGCCAGCGCCAGGAGCUGCUGGUUCGGGGCGCCCUGCGCAGCUCUGGGGGCGCGGGGGCAGCUGCAGCCCGCGCCGGGGAGCUGCCGGGGGAGGCGGCGCAGCGCAGCCGCCUGGAGGAGAAGUUCUUGGAGGAGAACAUCUUGCUGCUGCGGAAGCAAUUGAAUUGUUUGAGGAGAAGAGAUGCUGGUUUGUUGAACCAGUUGCAGGAACUCGACAAGCAGAUAAGUGACCUGAGACUGGAUGUGGAAAAGACAUCUGAAGAGCACCUGGAGACAGACAGCCGCCCCAGCUCAGGGUUUUAUGAACUGAGUGAUGGGGCUUCGGGAUCCCUUUCCAAUUCCUCGAACUCCGUCUUUAGUGAGUGUUUAUCCAGUUGUCAUUCCAGCACCUGUUUUUGCAGCCCCUUGGAAGCAACCUUGACUAUCUCAGAUGGUUGCCCCAAAUCUGCAGAUCUCAUAGGAUGGUUGGAAUAUAAAGAAGGCCACUGUGAAGACCAGGCCUCAGGGGCAGUUGGCCGUUCCCCCUCCACAUCACAGUCUAAUUCCCUUGGUGUCAUUGCAGAUGUGAAUCCCAAGUACCAGUGUGAUCUGGUGUCUAAAAACGGGAAUGAUGUGUAUCGCUACCCCAGUCCGCUUCAUGCUGUGGCCGUGCAGAGCCCAAUGUUUCUCCUUUGCCUGACCGGCAAUCCCCUGAGGGAAGACGAGAGGCUCGGUAGCCAUGCCAACGACAUUUGUGUCGGAUCUGAGCUGGAUGCCGUCAAGACGGACACUUCCUUACCCUCUCCAAGCAGUCUGUGGUCUGCUCCCCAUCCUUCAUCGAGUAAGAAAAUGGAUGGUUACAUUCUGAGCCUGGUCCAGAAAAAAACACACCCUGUAAGGACCAACAAGCCGAGAACCAGUGUGAACGCUGACCCCACCAAGGGGCUUCUGAGGAAUGGGAGCGUUUGUGUCAGAGUGACUGCGGCCGUCUCACAGGGCAACGGUGGGAACCUUAAGAAUUCUAAACAGGUGCCUUUGCCCUCUGGCGGGAUCCCCUCUUUGGACAAUGGGACGUUGUCUCCACUGAAACAGUGGUCAAAAGAAUCAAAGCCAGAACCACUGGAAAGCAAGAGGUUGCCCACGCCUGAGGGCAUCUCCCCAGGCGCUGCCACUGAACUUCCAGGUAAGCAUCUGCCCAAAAAUGCCAAGCCAGCCUCCCAGGAACUUGCCAGGUGUCCCCCAGCUGGGGCAGGGGAGUCUCCUAAGGAAAGCGGGCAGAUCCCAGCUGCCUCCCCAAAAGAGAGCCCCGGGAGGGUCCCCGCCUCGCUGCAAGAGAACAAGGUGGUCCAGCCACUGAAAAAGGUGCCACAGAAAAACAGCCCGCCGGCUCUCCCUACGGCGGCGCCCCCUCCCGCCGCUUCGGCUCUGCUGUCUCCCGCUUUCCCGGUGGAAGAGCGGCCUGCCCUGGAUUUCAGAAGCGAGGGCUCUUCUUCUCAGAGCCUGGAGGAAGGGCCUCUGGGGAAGGCGCCGCCGGUCCUGGCGCAGCCGCCCGGCGUCAGGCCGCCCCGGGGUACGCGGCCCGCGGCCGCCCCGAGGGGCUCCGCCCUGAAGCCCCGGGCCCCGGCCGUCCACGGGCCGGAGACUGCGCUGCCCGCCGUGAGGGAGAAAGGCCGGGCGGCCGGCAAGAAGUGUCGGUUCCCCGAUGACGCGGAUACAAAUAAGAAACUCCGGAGAGCCCCGGCCAAGGGGCGGCGGGGCGGGGGCGGCCAGCCCGACGCGGGACCGCCCAGCCGGCCGCUGGGGACGGGCCACCGGGCGGGGAGCCGCGGCCACGGCCACGGCCACGGCCGGGAGGCGGUGGUGGCCAAGCCCAAGCACAAGCGCACCGACUCGCGGCGGUGGAGGUCGGCCGCCGAGGUGUCCUACGAGGAGGCGCUGCGGCGCGCGCGGCGGGGCCGCCGGGAGCCCGCGGGGCUGUUCGCGGCCGGGCCGCUGCCCUACGCCAGCCCCUACGCGUACGCGGCCAGCGACUCCGAGUACUCGGCCGAGUGCGAGUCUCUGUUCCACUCCACCGUGCUGGACACGAGCGAGGACGAGCGCAGCAACUACACCACGAACUGCUUCGGCGACAGCGAGUCCAGCGUGAGCGAGGGCGAGUUCGUGGGCGACAGCACCAGCACCAGCGACUCCGAGGAGAGUGGAGGCUUGAUUUGGUCCCAGUUUGUCCAGACUCUCCCUCUGCAGCCGGUCCCGGCCCCGGACCUUCGCCACAACCCCACCAAAACCUUCGUCAAAAUAAAGGCUUCACACAACCUCAAGAAGAAGAUCCUGCGCUUUCGGUCUGGCUCUUUGAAGCUGAUGACGACCGUUUGAGUAACAUCCUUGGUGUAGAAAGUGGGGUUUUUCUAGUUCCCGAAGAAACGGCGGCGUCUUACUGUUUUGUGCGUAAUGAUCCCAUGGAAUGCUUUCCUUUGGUUUAGAUAAAACCGAGGUGAAUUAUGUCUCAUCUUCGUCAAGUAUGGACGCUAGUGCCUUUAGUGGAAGGUAAAGAAUGUCUUUGCUGGUUAGAAGUGAAUAUUGAGUUUCAGAUGGUGGUGAUAGUGACUUUUGUGGUAUCAGAUGGUUUUUAUUUGACAUUUUGUGAGCAUCUGUGAAGGCACAGGUUUUGAUGUUCAAGUGUUAAUGGGAUGAGACCUUUUGAUCUGGAGGUCAGGUGGAUGGAAUUUUAGGACAUACAUUUGCUUCUUUGGUUCUUUAGGGCAGCGUCUCCAUGAGGGUUUUCCUGUUGGGGGUAUCACAUACAAUUGUGUGAGGUAGAUACAAGGGGCAGUCAUGGUUUUCUGUAGUUUUCUAUAUACUCUUCUUUUCUCGGAUGUAUCCCCAUUCUGUAUUCUCCUCAGAACUCUUUGGUUUACUGGACUCAGAACUUGAAGACCAGACCCUACAUCCAGAGAGGUGACCUGGAUAGGGAGGCUGGUAAUACCUUAAAAGGAUUCACUAAAACCUUUGCUACACUUGGUGCCUAGGCCCUGGUUACAGUAACCCCUUCUAGGGCCAUUUACCCAACGUUGAUGCCUUUCUCCUCCUCCCUGAUUUGCAGCAGAUCCAACCAUUCCUCCCUUGGAGACUUGCCUUUGGGAGAACAUUUUGGUCAUCGGGUACAGAGAGAUUCACUCCUAGUGAAGUAACCCUUGGGUACGACUCCAAGCUCAGAACUGCUCGCGUAGCACUGUGCCACCUAAGCAUUAGCCCAAACGUAUUAGUGCAAUCCAGUCCAGAUUGGACCACUGACCCUGUUUAGAAGGGCUUUUAAAAAAAAAAUUUUUUUUUUUGGUAAACAGUAUUGUGUAAAAUUCCUUUUUUUAUACCAGUAUAUGCAUGUUUUGUGCAUGAGUAGUAUUUGUUUUGAUAUUCCUGUUGAUGUUAAAUGACUGUAUGAUAUAAACAGUAUGUGUUUUUAUAUAUCUUUGUGUAAAUUUAAUAUAACGCAUUAUAUGCUGUAAUAAACGAUUUGUUUUACUGCUGUUAAGUUUGUUAUUUGGGUAUAAAACCAGAUGUUUACACCUAUAAAUCUUGUACUGAUUAUUGUGGGAUUUAUAUUAGGCCUAUUCUAGCAUUAGAAUAUUAUUUGCAAUAAUAAUUAAGGCAGAUUUUAGGAGUGUUGGAAUGGAUGGUGAGUAAACAAAUGAGGAAAAGCAAGCUACUUCUUUAGAAUGGUUAAGGUGCUUCUUUAAAAUUUAAGGUACAUUUGAUAGGUCUCUUCUAAGGAAAAUAUUUCUGAGAAGACUUCCCCUCUCUCCCUCAACGUCUAAGUAUGAAAAAUUUUCAACAUGGAAAAGUUGAAAGGAUAGUACAAUAAACACCUGUACAGCCAUCACCUAGAUUCAACAAUUGUUAACAUUUUGCCAUGCUUGCUUUAACACUCUUUAUGUAUUGAUAUAUAUUAGAUUAAACCAUAUUGCUGGUUUUGUGGGUCAAAGACAGAUUUUGGCGAUCCUCCCUCUCCCCACCACGCUACUACAUUAUUUUAAAGUAAAUUUCAGGCAUCAUGAUAUUUCAUCUCUAA